AUGGAGACCUUGACAAAUUAUGAAAACCGAAUACAUAGCCAGAAAGUAGAAUGUGGACCUAAAUACUCAGAAGCUCCUCUGCCAGUUAGAUUUGUAACAAAAAUUAAUAUUAACGGAAUAAAUAAUUCCAAUGGAAUGGUGGAUGCUCAGAACAUAUCAGUGUUAACAAAAUGGCAAAAUUUGCAUAGCAUUAAAGUUGGACUUCAAGAGCUUAGAUGUCUAAUGACGUCCAAAGAAAAUAUGAGGCUUCCACAGCCACCCAAAGCACAAACAUACAACAAUUAAUAUUAGUGGAUCUCAAACUUGUCUUAAAUCUACAAA